AUGGAGCACGCGAAGGCUCCCAAGACCCCUCGCACACGCAAACGGACGCCUCACGCCUGCGACGAAUGUAGGACCAAGCGAACGAAAUGUUCUGGAGGCACAAGCUGCGUACGCUGUACGAAAGAGGGUAUUGCUUGCAUCUACGGCGAUCGAAGCAUACAGAAGCGGAAAAAGCAUCUAGAACAAAACAUCCGGCGCAUCAGACUGCUGGAGGAGCAGAAUUUGAUCCUCACCAACGCGCUGUGGAAGAUCCGCUUGAGUAUUGACCAUGCCAGCGAUAGCAGUAGCACUACCAAUAGCAUCACCAACAGCGGUAUCCCUCGAGUUCUCGAUUGGAUUCCAAACCUCCCAUCGACAUCACAUUCGCGGCACCAGAACUCUCCUCAAUACAAAGACCAUGAGGCCGGAUGUUCUCCCGAAUCGACUCACCGGGCUGAGUCGCGAAUGGGGAUACGUCCAGAGGACACCACAGAGAGCACGGAGAGUACGGAGAGCACAGAAAGCACUGAGAGCACUGAGAGCAAGCCUGGCGGCUCGAGCGUGAUGUCCAUAGACGACAUGCUCUGCCAGUGA